ACUUAGUCCUUAAGUGAUUUUCGUGGUGGAAAGGAAGCAGAAAAGGACGAAUAACGGAAUUUCCCCCCUUUUACACUCUAUCAUUCGAGGAGCAUAUUGAAGAGCCAAUAUGCAGAAUCUGAGACUGAUCGUCUUAAGCGUGCUGUUCUACUCAGCAUUCUCUGCAACUCUAAAAGGCCAAGAAGUGUCCCAGGCUCUGUUUUUUGGGGAAGACUUCCACAUCCCCAUGCCUGCAGGUAAAGCUGACGUGUCGUUCAAGCCUUCGAUCGUUCCAGGACGUGAGAAGUCGCUGAUGAGAUCUGGUGAAGUGGUUGAUCUUCGUGCCAAACUCAACAUUGCUUUGACCCACCUGAUCUUGGAAAAUGUUGGAGAAAGUGAUGAAGGAGUCUACACCAUCUCAUCUGACCAAACCGCAGGGGAUGUUACACGCAUCAUACUCUAUGUUAGAGAUUGCUUUAAUGAGGACAUUGUUUAUUAUGGAUCAGAUUUUCACGUUUCGCUCAAUGAUAUCUCAGACACGGUGCGUGUGGGCUUUCGUCACAGCUCAGUAGAGGCCAAUCAGACUUUACUACCGGCUGUGGAACUGUUGAAUGGAACACCCAAGGAGAAUUACCAGGAGCGCAUCAAGAUCACUGCUCAAAAGUUCACUCUGCUUGCCGUUACAGGGGCUGAUGAAGGUAGUUACACCUUCAGCGAUUCCAUUGGGAAAGUCGAGAAGAAGAUCUGCCUGAAUGUUAAAGCACAUCAGAUAUUUGAAACCCUUUCAUACGGUGGCACUCUGAAAGUAAACCUGCACUUAGAUAGCUCCUUAGCUCGCCUGGUGUACACCCCUAAGUCUGAUAACCAUAAGUAUUUGAUUAUGGAGAAUGGAGAGCUCAUACUUCCUCCUAACCUGGAUCUCGAAGGUCGCCUCUCUUUGGAGAAUUCCAUGUGUCUUCUGACAGAUGUGAAGGCCAGUGAUGCCGGAGUUUUCAGUGUGACUGACCUCCAGGGAUUCCUGGUGUCUGAUGUCCACCUGGAGAUGGAAGCAUACACGCUUCCUAAACUCUACAUUGCCAUCAUCGCUUUGGUAGCAUUAUUGGUGUUGCUGCUUUUGGUGUGCUUGGUGUCAUGUUUGGUGAAGAUACGCAGACGUGCAGCAAAGGCCAGAGCCAUUGAGGAGAAAGCCCACAAUGCAGGGAAAGUGGAGGGAGAGACCUUCAGAAAGGUUGUGAAAGAAGCCUGUACCCGUCAGAAUGAGGAAGCCCCGGCCCUGUCACAGAAAGAAGACAUAACUGAGAAAUCACAGAGCACAGAGGUCAGCAUUAAGGGUUUGGAGGUGUCUACUAAAGAGCCAAGCCUACAAGAGAGGAACAUGGAGACCAGUGACUCUGGAGUGGGCUUUAAUACCACUGGGCUCCCACUUGAUAGUGACACUGAUGCCCCAACAAUAGCCAUUGCAGAUUCUGAUGUAUUGAGUUCCUCUGCUGCCCCUGACGUCAAAGCCAUUCCCAACCAAAUUCCAGAGCCAAAGACUGCCCCCUCACCUCCAAAACCAGCACCAACUUCCGAUCUAAAACCAGCACCUGUGGCCAAGUCGACGGCUCCUCCACCACCUUCGCCUGAACCUAAACCACCAGUAACGCCAUCACCUGAACCCAAACCUGCUGCUACACCUGAACCAAAAGUGACCAUCUCACCACCACCUGAAACAAAACUGACCUUAAGCCCAGAACCCAAGCAACCCGUGACACCUGAUCCGAAACCAACAAGUCCAGCACCUGAGGCCACAUCAACUGAUGUUAAACCAAUUCCAAGUCCAACCCCUGAAUCUCCAAAAGCAUUAAUGCCAACUCCUGAUGCGAAACCAGCCAUUACUCCAGAUGCCAAACCAGCAGUUUCACCUACUCCUGAACUCAUACCAGCUAAAGUUGGCACCCCUGAACAGAAACCCGCCGUAAGCCCCACACCUGAUCCCAAGACUCCGGAUCCUAAACCGGUUUCUCCAAUCCCUGAGCCUAAACCACCAGUCUCACCGAUUCUCGACUCGAAACCAACUACAAAUGGUACUCCCGAAUCCAAGGAGCCAAGUGCACCUUUAUCUCCUGGCCUGGAUGUGAAGGGCACUACCCCUCCAAAAAACCCUGAUACUGGGAAAAGCUCAGUCAAAACUCCUGAGCUCAUCUCCAGUGGAGGCCUAGACUCGGCUUCUCCCAAUGACAGUGCACCACCUUCAAGCACUGAUGGAGCUGCCACCAACUGAGAUAAAAACCGUAGCCUAGUUCCUGCCUCCUCCUAUAUUAACCACCACAGACAAUCUAGACACUUGACUUAA